UGGUUGUUAUUUUAUGUGACAGUUUUCAGGCGUGUGUAUGUCAAUGUAUGAUUAACAUAGACAGACAUUUCUGAUUUCAGCAGCUCUUAUAAUCAAAAGAAGCGGAACUAAAAGCCCAGCGGUGCCGAGGGAGGGGGGGAUGUUUUUAACGUGACACAAGGGUGAAAGCUGAAGGGGAACAUGGCAGCUGGCAUCACUGCUAAACAUGGGUUAUUAAGGAGUAAAACCUCGCUGUAUCACGCGAUUUCCCCAAGUUGUGUAUGUAUUAAAAGAGCAGCAACCAGCGCGACAACAGACCCACAAAUCAAUGAAAAGUACUGCCUGGAUCUGGUGAGGUCCAGGGACUAUGACGGCUUCGUGUCCUCCCUCCUGCUGCCGGAGGAGGCGCGGCGCUCGUCUUUGGCUCUGAGAGCCUUCAACGUGGAGCUGGCCCAGGUGAAGGACUCCGUUUCCCAGAAGACCAUUGGUUUGAUGCGAAUGCAGUUCUGGAAGACGGCCAUAGAAGAAAUCUACAGGGACGAGCCUCCGAACCAGCCGGUCAGCGCCGAGCUGUGGCGGGCGGUGAGGAAACAUCACCUGACAAAGAGAUGGCUGCUGAGGAUCGUCACCGAGAGAGAGAAGGAUCUGGAUGACAGAGCCUACAGAAACCUGCAGGAGCUGGAGACGUAUGCAGAGAACACACAGUCGUCGUUAAUAUACCUGCUGCUGGAGUGUUUAGGGUUGAAAAACGUCCACGCGGAUCACGCAGCGAGUCACAUCGGCAAAGCUCAGGGAAUCGUGACGUGUCUGAGAGCGACUCCUCACCACAGCAGCCGGCGGAGAGUCUACCUACCCAUGGACAUCUGCAUGCUGCAUGGAGCGUCUCAGGAGGACUUCAUCCGGGGCAGCCGGGAGCAGAAGGUCCGCGAUGUGGUCUACGACAUCGCCAGCCAGGCUCACGUACACCUGCAGCACGUACGUAGCCAAACACGCGUGAUAGGGGGACCAGAUGAGAUUGGGUCAAAUUCGGGAUGGGGGGGUGAGGGUUUACAUGAAUGUUAA